AUGAACCACAGCCUUGUGCGCCUGCGCUGUCUCUGCCUGGCACCCGCUAGCGAACGGACGACCUAGUGAAGGGGUGGUGGCAGAGGGGACUCCGGAAGCCCACCCUUCACCCGGAAAUGGUUGUUGAGGAACAUGGCGUUGCUCGCGCGAGUCCUUAGGAACCAGAUUAGCAUCUCCCAGUGGGUUCCAGUAUGCAGCUGGUUGGCGCCUUUGUCUCCCACACAGGGACAGUGCAGCAGGCCUCUGUCUGGCACUGCCCAGUGGCCCCAGAUGAGGCAGUCCCUAACAUGUGGUGGAUCCGAACAGAUUCUUGGAAUAGACAUACAGCUGAGUAGGAAGUAUCACACCACAAAUAAGCUUUCUACUACCAAGGAUUUCCCACAGCCUGUUGAGGAAAAAGUUGGUGCCUUCACGAAGAUCAUAGAAGCCAUGGGAUUCACUGGACCUUUGAAAUAUAGUAAAUGGAAGAUUAAGAUUGCGGCACUACGCAUGUAUACUAGCUGUGUGAAGAAAACUGACUUCGAGGAAUUCUUUCUAAGGUGUCAGAUGCCUGAUACAUUCAAUUCAUGGUUUCUUAUAACUCUUCUUCAUGUCUGGAUGUGUCUAGUCCGAAUGAAGCAGGAAGGCCGGACUGGGAAAUACAUGUGUCGUAUCAUAGUUCAUUUUAUGUGGGAGGAUGUCGAGCAGCGUGGCAGAGUCAUGGGGGUUAAUCCCUAUAUCCUGAAGAAGAACAUGAUGGUUAUGACAAAUAGUUUCUAUGCAGCAAUCUUGGGAUAUGAUGAGGGGCUCCUUUCAGAUGAUCAUGGGCUGGCUGCCGCCCUCUGGAGAACAUUCUUCAACCAGAAAUGUGAAGACCCUCGGCAUCUUGAGCUGUUGGUGGAAUAUGUGAGGAAACAGAUUCAGUACCUGGACUCGAUGAAUGGUGAGGAUCUGCUGCUGACAGGGGAGGUGAGCUGGCGCCCUCUAGUGGAGAAGGAUCCUCAGAGCGUCCUGAAGCCCCAUUCCCCCGUUUAUAAUGACGAGGGUCUCUGAUGGGCUGGUCCCUCUGAGCACCUGGCCGGCUGGCUUUGAAGAACCACCAGGAGAGAGGUGCUGCCUGUUUGGCCCAGGACCCUGCAGAAAGUGGCCUGAACUGACCUAAGAACAGCUUCUGUCAAAUAUCUUGCCCCAUUUGUGUCAAUUUUCCUCUUAGUGUACCCAGGAAUCUGAUCUGGUAGGGUAUGGUACUGGGAGAAGCUCUUCUGGGGUGUCCUCUCCCUCAAAAGAAACCCUGAGCAAGACUUCUCCAGCACACGCAUUCCCCAUUGCCCCUCUAGCAACCUUGUGAUUGACAGCUUUUCCCAAAGGCUGCAGAAGAGGAUGGGCUGUUAGAAAGGGGGCACCCUCCCCAAGGGCCCACUGUGGCCUAGGAGCAGUUUGUAAUGCUGCUGCGUCAAGAUGGGUAACCAUGUUCUGUCCCCUGGCUUAGAGCUGUGGGGUUGAGUUGGCCAUUAAAAGAAACAGCAUUAACUGUCCCAUGAUUCUCCUUUAUUCCAGAGGCUUUUAGAAACCUAUCUAAGGUGGAGGUUGCUAUAAGCUGAGGAGAACCCCCCAGCUCAGAGACAGGAGAGAGAGGGUCGGGAGGGUCUCUGCUGCUGCAUGUGCCUCCAGUUCAUGGAGAUGUCACUGUUCUGGCCAAGCCACGGCCUGCCAGGCCCGGUGCUCUGGGGCCCCAGAGGCCCCUGAUGGCCAAGAGCUUAUCUCCCAAGUCAUUUGGAAAGAGGCCUUCAGAACAAAGUUCCCUUUGUCACUCUCCAGUGAACCAGGUGAGGAACAUGCUGUCUUUACUCCUUAGUUCCCCCUCAUAUGAAAUAGAAGGGAAUAGAGGAGAACAUUCUUCCUGGCUUUGUUGUACCAUCGCAGGACCCAGCCCUGUGCCCAGCUUUCUGUGCCUGACUUCUGGAGCAUGUGCUGCAGAGCUCCUUGGUCUGAGCACUUGAGGACCUGUCCCCUCCUCCCCCUGAAUAUGGGUCAUCUCUUGGGGGAUUUUCUUUAAAUUGAAGAAAGGGGGCGGGGAACCAUACUGCCCCUCCUUCCCCCCCAUCAAACUUCCUUCAUUUAACUUGCUAUAAAAUGAGUCAUAUAAAGAAACUCUAUAUGGGUGAGGUAUAUCCCACUUCUAUGAAAACAUUACAAAUCAAACCGCCUUCUCUGAGUUUAUUUAAGAUGCUUUUGUUGUGAGCGGAGCUCUAGAGUGAAGCCUCCUCUGUGUGUGUGAGAUAAUAACACCUUGUAACUCAUUACAGCUGGGCACUAUUUACAUAAACCAGAGCUGAGCCAGGCAGGAAUUUGCUGAUUAAUUUAUUUUUAAUGGAGUGAAGUAUACCAUGCACCAAAAUAAACUUUACUGUGUGUACCUAA